AUGACAAUGAUCAUAACAAAACAAUACCGAUGCAUACACUCUGCAAGCUGUAUAUGCACAAAAGGCCAUUUAAGUGAAGACGUAAUCUUCCUACUUCUCCAACAUCUAAAUUGGAACCCUAAAAUAAUCGCCACUCUCUCAUGCGUAUGCAAAUGGUUUGACGAUCUUGUGAAAAGAGUACUCUGGAAAGAAUUUUGCAGAACGCGGGCCCCUACAAUGAUGCAUGAUCUUCAAUCAAGUGGGUCCCACAGUGUAGAUGGCAAUUGGAGUGCACUCGGGAAGCUUCUAAUCUAUUGUUCUGGAUGCAAAAAAGACGGCUUAUUCAACAAAAUCCAAAUCCCAGGACAUUUUGCACAUCGUACUAGGUUUUCAAGAACUUCCGGAAAGAGUUUUUUGUUGCCAAAUUGUAGGACGGAUGUUUUGUAUGUUUCCGACCCAUGUGAGCAUUUGGAUCAAGGAGAAGAAGGGGAUGUGGGGUUUUUCCGAGGGGUAUUUAAGUCAUUUGCCACUUCGAAAAGGUGUCGGAAUUGGAUUGAUGGAGAAGGGCAGAAUCGUCCUGUUACCAGGGGUGUUUGGAAUUUGGAUGUGCGUUUUGAAGUUUUCAAAGUGAUUAUUGAAGACUUCAAGAAUCAGAAUAAGGUUUACGAGUGUAAGAUGGGGGAGAUUGGUUGGAAAUGCACAAAUUGGCUGCCUUUUUGACUUGUUGUUUUCGGUCCAAGCUGCAAUCUUUUAUUGUGAUAUAUUUUUAUUAGACGCAUACUGUUUCUUGAACUAUUGUAUUGAUGGUAGAUGGAUUCAAAAAGAUGUUGGAUGUCGUUAUGUACAUGCGGUGUUUUUUAUGUGUAUUUGGAAGCAAAAUGCAGAUGGAUUUAACAUAUAUUUUGUUAGGGGUGGAUUUAAAACAGAAACCAAAUUAUAUGUUGACCAAACCAAG